AGCAGUAUUCAGUCCAAUAGUCCAAUCAGCCCACGAUGUCGACGAUUCGCUGCUUGUUCCUCUUGAUCGCGUUGUCCGUUGGGGCAAUGGCAAUUAGAGAAGUUCGCUCACCAGGAGGAGGAGGCGGUUGGCACGGAAAUGGAGGUAAUGGGGGUGGGUCUCCGUUUGGCUCAGCACGAUCUUCAGGUGGGUGGGCCGGUAGCCGAUCAGGCUCUGGAGGUUUCGGGGGAAGGUCUUCUGGUUGGAAUGGUCAAGGGGGUGGGUCGUCGGGUUCGAGCUGGGGCGGUAGUGGUGGAAGCUUGGGUUACGGUGGUUCGAGUAACGGAUGGGGCGGUAGUUUUGGAUUGGAUUACUCUGGAUCAUCUGAUGGCUGGGACAGUGUCUCCUCACAUUCGCACAACGGUUGGCAAUCUUCAGGAUGGUGAACGAACACAAACUUGUAAAAAAAUGAAUUCUUGACUAGUGCUAACGAAACGUGAAAAUGUUUUUUUCUUAACUUUUUUUAACCUUUGUAAAUGUUAUAAUUUUGGUAUUUGUAUGUAAUGAAUAAA